CAUGAUUAUUAAAUACAUUAAUACAUAUUGUAUCAUGAAACUACAACAUGUAUUUUGUUAUCUGCAGCGAAUGCAAAGUUUAAACAAGAAACUCACAGUAAACUGUUUCUCUAUUUUGAUAGACAAUUAUAUAUAGGUAAUUGUCCAUUUUUUGCGUUUGUAUAUUGUUCCCCCUGAAUGCUACAUUCAUUACCAUGAGCGAAGAAAAUCAAAAUUUGGAUGAGGAAUUGAAAAUUGUUGUUAAGAAAAAUGUAUUUUAUGUUUCUAAAAAGUUCAUCUGUUCAGUUGUGCCUUACUUUGAGAAGAUGUUUUGCUGUGAUUUGCUGGAAUCAAAGGAAAACAAAGUGGUGCUUGAUUUUGAUGAAGAAGUCUUCAAUAUAAUUCUUACCUGGGUUCACUCUGGUUUACUCAUUGUUCAAAUGGAGAAUGUGAUAAAGUGUUACAAUCUAGCUGAUUACUUGAUGAUAGAUGAAACUUUGAUUAGACCUUGUAAUUCUUAUUUUCAUGAAAAGUUCACCAUUGAACAUCUUCCAGUUGUUUUACCUCAAGUUACAAAAGUUUCCAAGUUGAUCAAUUCAGAGGCUAUUGACUACUUUAUCUGUCGCCAUUUCUUGAAGAUUAUUAACACAAAUGUUUUUUUGGAUUAUCCAGUUGAGACAGUUGAAUAUAUUCUCAAAUUAAAUUUGAUGAUUUACUCUGAAUAUCAAGUUUUUGAAUCUAUCAUGAAAUGGGUGAGUAAAGAAUAUUCAAGAAAAGAAUUACUUCCACAGCUAUUGAAUUGUGUGCGUUGGUCUUUCCUGGAUCAUGUUGAUGUAACUAAAAUAAAGGGUAGACUUGAUGGCUUAAUCAAAGGCUUGUCAAAUCUGGAUUCAAUUAUCUCUUCUGAUUGUGAAUAUGGAUUAAAUCGUAGCAAGCAAACCUUCUUCGUCUCCAUCCAGAAGCUAAAUGAUGCAAAGUUACGGCUAAACGUAUUUGAUAAUGAAUUAUCUUGUUUUCCAGUUGGUGAUUUCACUCAAGAUAAUACAAUGACACUUGAUUUUUUUCAUGGAGAAAACAUUUCAGAUAUUUUAUUUGAUUCUGAGAAAAAAGCCAUCCGAAUAGAUUGGAGUAAAAAGACAUUUCGAUGGCUUGACUCAAAAGUUAACACUAUCAAUUACAGUAAAUUGCAUCACACCAUCAUCCAGUUUUUCAAUCUUAGCCGUUUUAGCUGCUAUUUGGAAGCAACAGGUAGUAACCCGUCUUCACCAAUUAGCAUGGAAGAGAAUUUGCUACUUGAAUCUGUUGACCAAUAUAUUGUGAUUGGUAAAAUUAAAGACGAUAAAAGAUGGUAUGGUCAAUUUCCAGUUAUUCAUCACAGUUGGUUCACACAUUAUGAUAAUCAGCGUACUUUACAUGUCACUGUUUUGGACAAGGUUGUUUAUAUAUUGACGAGAGGACUCGAAUUUAUUCAAUUCGAUUACGAAGCUAAAUGUUUCAAUAAAAGUGAACCAUUCAAAGACCAAAAGUGGGAUUUCAACGAUUUAAUCUUAACUUCUCACCAAUCAAAGGACGACAAAGUUAUUUUGAUCAAUAAAUCAUCAGGAAAAAUGUAUGUUUACCUCAUAAAUCAGAAGAAAUGGAUCGAAAAAUAUCGAAUCAACAUUGUAAACUUUGGCUCCAGCAAUUCCAAUGUAAAUUCGAAUGAGCUGAUUGCCUUCACUUCAACGUUUUUACAGAUGAAAAAUAUCAAACCUUUGUAUAGAAGAAUUUUUACUUGACUAUAAACUAUGUGUGUUAUUCAUCAGAACUAAAAUAAAGAAAGUGAAUCGUGUAAAUUUUUCAA